AUGCCCACUGCUGCAGCACUUGCCGCCACUGCAGCUGUUGCUAUUGCUGCCGCCGCCGCUGCAGCAGCAGCAGCAGCAGCUGCAGCUGCUGUUGCUGAGACCUUCGCUGCCGGUGCUGAUGCUGUGAAUAUUCCGUUAGCGCAGUCGAAAUGUAUUUCAAACAAGUCUUUCACCAUGACUUACCUGGAGAGGGUUCGUAAGCUGGAUUGGCUGGCUGUUAUGAACAUCAACGGCGAGCAACUAAAACAAUUUCGUUUCACGAACAGUGCUGUUUUUAUCACUGGCAAUCUCGCGACACCAAUAACAUACUGA